UACAGAUAACCUAAAAGGAGAAUCGGACCUUUCUCGGGUGUGUUUUCUUCAUUAAGGAUGAAGCGUGGGUAUGAAGCAUCUGCUUCGACCUCUGUUGGUCCACCUCAAUCAAAGCGCAGAUUCGAUACUCAUGAGGAGGAUGAAAGCACAAAGAAACUUGCACGGAAGGUGGCCGACCAUUACAGUGCAAGGACAAAUCAAACUCUAGAGGAUCGAGAAGCAAGUCCUAUCAUUCAUUUGAAGAAAUUAAACAAUUGGAUUAAAAGUGUUCUCAUUCAGCUGUAUGCUCGCCGAGGAGAUUCUGUUCUAGAUCUUGCUUGUGGCAAGGGUGGUGAUUUGAUCAAAUGGGACAAGGCGAAAGCUGGAUAUUAUGUUGGCAUUGAUAUAGCCGAAGGCUCGAUAGAAGACUGUCGCACACGAUAUAAUGGUGAUGCAGAUCACCACCAACGACGCAAGAAGUUUACCUUCCCUGCACGGCUUAUCUGUGGAGAUUGUUUCGAGGUACGCUUGGAUAAAGUUCUGGAAGAUGAUGCACCAUUUGAUUUAUGUAGCUGUCAGUUUGCCAUGCACUACUCGUGGUCUACAGAGGCACGUGCACGGCGAGCAUUGGCCAAUGUAUCAGCAUUACUGCGUCCAGGUGGCAUCUUCAUUGGAACAAUGCCAGAUGCAAAUGUUAUCAUCAAAAAGCUUAGGGAAGUGGAAGGGCUUGCAUUUGGGAACAGUGUAUAUUGGAUUCAUUUUGAUGAUGAAUACGCUCAAAAGAAAUUUAAAUCUUCUAGCCCUUUCGGUAUCAAGUACAAAUUCCAUUUAGAGGAUGCAGUUGAUUGUCCGGAAUGGAUUGUUCCUUUCCAUGUCUUCAAAUCGUUGGCAGAGGAGUAUGAUCUGGAGCUUGUUUUCGUGAAGAACUCCCAUGAAUUUGUGGAUGAGUAUUUGAAGAAACCGGAAUUUGCUGACCUUAUGCGGAGGCUUGGUGCCUUGGGCGAUGGAAACCAGGACCUAAGCACACUAUCAGAGGAUGAGUGGGAAGUUGUUUACUUGUAUUUGGCAUUUGUCUUGAGAAAGCGAGGCCAACCAGAUGGCAACCGGAGGAGCAACAAUAAUAAAGGAAACAGAGGGGAGAUGCAGAUAUCGAGGGAAGACAUCAUGCACAUUUAACAGUGGGGUGCGAGGGAGAAGGUGCCAAGUUUGAUCCCAGAGAUCUUCAUUGCAAAAUAUGGGAAUGAGGAGAGAAGGGCCACAUGAAUAGUUGAUGCAUACCCAUGAUGAAAAAGAA